CUCCCGGCAGCCAACGCGGCGCGUCCUCAGCCUUUGACCCGGACGCAGUUGGCAUCAGCCUAACGAUGGUGUAGGAGCUGUUUCCUGCUUCAUAUUACAAGAAUGUCUGAUGAUGAUGAUGCUCCGUUGCCUAAGAAAUCUCGGAUAUACUAUGGAAGUCUUGAAGAGAAGGAGAAAGAAAGGAUUUCCAAAGGAGAUGGAGGAUACCUGGGGAAAGAUGCUGUGAAAGCUGGGAUAGAAGCUGGACAUAUUAAUGUAUCCAGCAAUGAGUUCUAUGAGGUCGAAGACCACGUCAGUGAGAGGCAAGCAGAGGUGCUGGCAGAGUUCGAACGCAGAAAACGAGCGCGGCAGAUUAAUGUUUCAACAGAUGACGCAGAAGUGAAGGCCUGCCUACGAGCACUUGGAGAACCAAUCACUCUUUUUGGGGAAGGACCAGCUGAGCGACGAGAGAGGUUACGCAACAUACUAUCUGUGGUGGGUGCUGACGCUUUGAAGAAAACAGAAAAGACAGAGGAUGCAAAGAAAAGCCGACAGGAGCAUCAGCAAACCUGGUAUCACGAGGGCCCCAGUACCUUAAAGACCGCUCGUGUCUACAUUGCCCGCUUUUCUCUGCCAAGAGCUGUGAAGCGACUGGAGGAAGCCCGGGCAAACAAGGAGAUUCCAGAGGCUUCACGAACUGCGCGACAGCAAGAGCUCCACAAAAGCUUACGGGCCUUAAAUAAUUUCUGCAGCCAGAUUGGUGAUGACCGACCCAUCUCCUACUGCCAGUUCAGCCCCAACUCCAAGCUCCUAGUUACAGCUUCUUGGAGUGGGCUUUGUAAGCUUUGGGGUGUUCCUGACUGCAGUCUUAUCCGUACACUGAGAGGUCACAGCACAAAUGUGGGUGCCAUUGUAUUUCAUCCCCAGGCCACCAUCUCACUUGAUGAGAAGGACUGUAACAUGGCAUCGUGUGCAGCUGAUGGCUCAGUGAAACUCUGGAAUCUGGAAAGUGAUGAACCAGUAGCUGACAUUGAAGGACAUACCAUGCGAGUUGCUCGAGUGGCUUGGCACCCCUCAGGCAGAUUCCUGGGCACCACAUGUUAUGACCAUUCCUGGCGACUGUGGGAUCUGGAAGCUCAGGAGGAAAUCUUACACCAGGAAGGCCAUAGCAAGGGUGUCUAUGACAUUGCCUUCCACCGUGAUGGCUCAUUGGUGGGAACUGGAGGUCUGGAUGCCUUUGGGCGACUGUGGGAUUUACGGACGGGUCGAUGCAUCAUGUUCUUGGAGGGACAUCUGAAGGAGAUCUAUGGGAUCAGUUUCUCUCCCAAUGGGUACCAUACAGCAACAGGGAGUGGAGAUAAUACCUGCAAAGUUUGGGACCUUCGCCAUCGGAAAUGCAUCUAUACCAUCCCAGCACACCAGAACCUCCUGUCUGCAGUCAGGUUUCAGCCCACAGAUGGACAUUACCUGUUGACCGGUGCCUAUGACAACACUGCAAAGAUUUGGACACACCCUGGGUGGUCACCCCUCAAAACCAUGGCUGGGCAUGAGGGCAAGGUGAUGGGGUUGGACAUCUCUCCAAACGGGCAGCUGAUUGCCACAUGUUCGUAUGACAGGACCUUCAAACUCUGGACAUCUGAGUAGACAGAAUGGAGCAGAGCACUGACUACAGGCCACUCCUAUUCUGGUGGAGGAGAGAAAUUCCUUCUAGUAACUAAUAUAUGACCAAAAGACUGGCAACUGGCCACGAGGUUCAACAUCUCCAAGAAAUGACACAUCCAGUCAUCAAGCACUCAUUGCCAUGGUCACCUGGAGACUUUGGUCAUGUAUUCUUAUUGUCUUGGUGAUUGACAGGUCUGUUGAGAAUUGGAUCUUCCCAAUUCCAGUGAAACCUGAGCUGAUUGUUACCAGUUUAAAUUGACCUGGCCCUGCUCCACAGAAACAGCAUAACUCUGAGGUGGAACCGACACUGAACAAGAUCUUCUCUACUUGCAAGAACAAACCUCUGAGAAGAUCGUGUUCUUUCUGUUCCUCACUGCCUUCUCAUUUGUAUCAACACCUUCAAAGAAACAACUGAUUCAAUCCUGGCACACCUACAGUCGAAAUUAAAGAUUAGCUGAGCCCAGCAGCUCUGAGCAAACCUUUGUGUGGCUGUUGGAAUCCGGUGAAAUCUGCAGAGUUGGAGAUGAAAUGUGUUAGUGAUUUGAGUGUCAGUAUAGCACUGAGCCCACAGCACUGUCAGUGAUGACUGGAAUUUGUGCGUGUGCAGUAUUGUGUAAGCCACACAGGUGAUGGUGUUCUCUAGCAAUGCUUUUGUAAUAAAUAUUUUGAAAA